AUGCAUACACAAACACAAAAACGGUUCCGGGAGAGAUAUCGCCCCAUCCACGCAGUAGUACAAUAUCCCACCCACACAGCAGUAGAUCUCUAUAUCAAAGAAUCUCGGAAAUAUUCUGCCUUGAUAUAUCCCACAAUAUCAUGCGAAAAAGGGCACCUACACGAUGAAGCAAUAACAGAAGAUCGGCCAAACAAGAGGGCCGCUGAAGACUCGGACACACCUCUACAUCAACCUCAGUGGGCUUUUCUCGUAGCGGAGGUGGAGCCAUGGCAAGCUCCCACUGGAAUGCUUCAUACCUCAUUUCAACGGAGUCAUAGCUUCUUUGAAAAUUUGCUUGGUGUUCCUAAGUUACGUAGACUAGCAUCAAAAUUUGCUAUACCUGCUGAAGUGUGGCAGCAUGGUACGUCUUCCUUGCUCGGGUUCAUCGGAGGUGGACUGCCUAUCCCACUUGAUUCAACGUUUCCAUUGGAAGUCACAACACUUUGCAUGAUGGCUCACGAGUGUAACCGGUUUGAAUAUUUGGGUUGCAGCCCUGGUGACGAAGAGGAACAUCAUGAGCUGUCACUUAUCCUCAGAGAACGAAAGGAACGAACACCAUGCAGAGCUCGUGGCAUUCUUCCCAACAAGAUUUGGAGCCGCAGUCUAUCAUCACCCCGAAUCAAACCAAAGAAUGAAGCCACGAAACAUUGCGACAAUGAGGCCCACAAUACUAAGCUAAAAACACAAUCAGGUCGAGCAAGUAGUAAGAGACUAUCGCCAAAAGGUCUUCUUUUGAAACUCUUCAGCUUUCUGAGUACAUUACUCACCGCCCCUGGCCAUAAGAAACGACUUUUUACAAGUGUCCUCAUGGCAAACAUCAUGACCGGCGUGUCGGGCGGAGUAAUACCGCCCAAGAAUAGCGAGAUAAGGACAUCGCUAACAUUUUCCAACGAAUCAAAACCAUUCCAAAGCCUGAAAGACAAGAGCAUACACUUGUUAAAUCUGAGUUCUGAAGCAGUUAUCGCAUUGAUUGUGAUUGCUGUAUGCGAAAUGAUCAGGAGGAUUUUUUGCAGAAAAGUGCAGAAUCGACUUCUGAGUGCUACGUGUAUGGCUGCUUCAACAUCUUGUUUCGCAUAUCUCCGCGAUACCGAGGAUAUGACGGGUGGGCUCCUCGCCGGUAUAUAUUUUGCAGGAGCUGUCUUUACUUGGAACACAUUUUCCAUGGGGGUCAAGAAAUACAAUUUUGGUACCCCCUACAUCAUCGUUGGUAUGAUUCUUGGGAUGACAAUUCUUUGGAGAGGAUUUCCGUACAUACAGCCUUUGAUCGGCUCUGUAAAGAUUGAUGUAUUCAUCUUGCCAUCCAUCAUAUUGUCAUUUUCGAUACUAGAGAUGAUCGUGAAAGUUCACGACGAUAUGAUCCGCUGA